AUGGACAAAACCGAGGCGGUACCGGCAGUCAUCAGUGAAACAAGCCCACGAAACCCGACAGAAAUUCUUCCGGAAUCAAUUUCUCCUGAGAUGUCUAGCCAAGGAGGCCAGGACCUCGUUCCAGCACAGCCUCUAGAUGAGAACCAAGAGGGUGACGAUGACUCGGCGCUAGGGGAAGACUUUGCAAGCUCGACUGCUUCCAUCACCUCAAGUAUUCUCGAAUACCGAAAGUUUCAGGGUCGGACCUUCAAUAGUGACAAGUACGAGACUGAAUAUUUCGCACCAAAUGAUGAGAGGCAGAAGGAGUCCAUUGACAUCUCAAGGUACUUGACAUCGGAACCGGGACUGGUAUAUGGGCAAUAUACGAAUGACGACUUCGCCGACCAAUAUCCCAACGCCGAGGUCAUUGGAACAGACCUUUCUCCAAUUCAACCAGAUUGGGUACCACCGAAUGUCCGAUUUGAACUCGAGGACGCAACUGGUAAUUGGACUUGGGCCAACGGCACCUUUGACUUUGUUCAUAUGCGCUAUUUAAUUGGCGCUAUUGCCGAUUGGGGCGCGUUGUUCAAAGAAGCGUUCCGCUGUUGCAAGCCUGGAGGCUUCGUCGAAUCUGUUGAGGUCAAUCCAACUUUCUUCAGUGACGAUGAGACAGCCAGCGAGGUGAUGGCAGUGCAGACUUGGAAUAAGCUUUUCAGAGAGGCGAGUAAAGCUUUUGGUCGUAGCUUUUGCGAGAUCGAGGGAGACGCGGAGCUUCUGGCUGCUGCUGGAUUUGUUGACGUGCAAGUCACUGACUUUAAGGUUCCUGUCGGCGGAUGGGCUAAGGACCCCAAGUUAUGUCAAGUUGGCCAGUUCCUUCGCGCAACGAUCGAGAACGAUCUUGAAGGAUAUACUCUCAUGGCGUGGCAGUCGAUUCUGGGGUGGCCCAAAGAUGAAUAUCAGGUAUUUCUGAUGGACAUGCGAAAGGCUCUCAGAGAUAAGAAAGUGCACAGUUACAUCCGCGUUCGCUUCAUUAACGCCCGCAAGCCAUGA